UGUCAUGCCUGUGUUCCGAAUUUGAAAGAGCUUUCCGAGGGGAGCCGAACGCGUACCGAUCGGGUCCGAGAGGCGCCGAGACGCAGCCACUGCCGCGAAUGCAUUACGACGUAGUGGCGUAGGGUUGGCGAUGAGGAAAAAUUCUGGAUAAUUUUUGUGAGUUUUCGUGAAAAAAUAUAAAUAGUUUGUAUUUUUUUUGUUUUUUUUUUUUUUUACAUUUGGUAAUUGUGGUCAGGGAAUUAGAUGUCUAAAUGAAUAAAUAUGCUACAUGUUUUAAGUGUAUUGGUGUUUAUUGUCUUGUUAAUGACGUACAAAAAAUGUUUAGUCCAAGGCAGUUAAGGCAAAAGGCACUAUGUAAUUAAGCUAUAUACAAUAAUAUUUAAAUAUUCAAUGUGCCAAUAAAAUAAAUAUUGCUUUAUUAUAAUUAAGUACCUUACCUUAAGAAUCAAAACUUCAAAUAUUUUGCAUAAAUAAAAAGUUUUCUCAACCAACUCGUCUCCUAAAAACUUUAAAUAUUUGCCACCCAGUUGAUAAUUUUUAUAGGUUAUACUCAAGUAAACAAGAACAUUAUACAUAAAACACCAUCAACAUUUCCAUACAAACCUUUUAAUUGAAUUUAAGGGUAAAACAAAAAUCCUAGGUCAUUGAAUUACUAAAAUAUCCAUUAAAUGUAUUUAGCUUAGUAAAGAGUGUGGUAUAAAUAUAAAUCAUAAUAAAACUCUCUAAAUAUUAAAACGUGAACUAAAAUAAAACAAUUCAACCAAUAAGCUACAAUAAUGAAAAAUCCCAAAACAUUUCCCGCCGCAGCCCUACCCUCGGGGCGGGGCGUCCCGAUCCCUCUCGCCAGUCUGUCGCGGCCCGCCGCGGAGGCAGCACGCGAUGCCUUAGCGUAUUAUGUUCCUCCCCGACCUACCGCGAGCCUGUAUGGUUGACGACGUAGCUACCUACCUCCAGGCGCCCUCCUCGGGACAGGACGAGUUCCAUCCGUUCAUAGAGGCCCUGAUGCCCUUCGUAAAGUCCUUUUCGUACACAUGGUUCAAUCUGCAAGCGGCGAAGCGGAAAUAUUAUAAGAAACACGAAAAACGGAUGAGUCUUGAAGAGGAGCGGCAUACAAAGUAUGAAUUACAGAACGAAAAGGCAGAAGUAAAACAAAAAUGGGCGUCGCGGCUGUUAGGAAAGUUGAGAAAGGACAUCACACAGGAUUGCCGGGAGGAUUUCGUCCUGAGCAUCACAGGGAAAAGGCCGGCUGUGUGUGUGCUCUCCAACCCAGAUCAGAAGGGCAAGAUGAGGAGGAUAGACUGCUUGAGACAGGCUGAUAAGGUGUGGCGCCUAGACCUAGUAAUGGUAAUACUAUUCAAAGCGAUACCCCUCGAGAGUACAGACGGUGAACGUCUCGAGAAGCACCCUGAAUGCGCACAGCCCGGCCUCUGCGUCAACCCAUACCACAUCAACGUGUCCGUGAGGGAGCUAGACCUGUACCUGGCCAACUUCAUCAACAGCUAUGGUAAUGGGAGCGACGGUCUGCCAGAUAUCCUAAGUGGCUCUCUCUCACCCAACCCGAGGGAGAAAGAGAACGAACACGACGCCAAGAGCAAAGGCUAUAGCCACAAUCCGUACAACGGAGUAAUUUGCAACGAUAUUAUUCUAGCGACCGGCGUCUUCUCGUCGAAGGAACUCUGGAAGCUGUCCAAAGCCUCGAUCCUCCAAGAAACGGGCUCAGAGUCCCCAAGCGGCUCAGGCGGCAUAAAGCUCGAGUCGGGGUACUACUGCGGAUACAAUAGUCCCGCACCGCCCGCAUUCGAGCCUCCGGCAGAGCGUGCCACGCCGUCUAUGCUCGUAGGACAAUGUUUCAGUAUCCCUCCCAGUUCAGCGGGUCUCAGCCAAGCCCCGCUGGUAUCAUCCAAUACCAUAUUCUACCAGCACCCACCGCCGCCCACCGACACACAUCCAACUGCCUCAGACGCGUUGAGCAGCCAUCACUCCAGCGCCAAAUAUGACGGGACGCCACAGGACUCACUAGGGGACUUCGUGACCUUCGUCUGCCAGGAGCCUACGGACGUUCAGCAACUUCAGGUUCACGGACUCUCCCGAAGUCCGAAGCCAGCAUACUUCAGCAGCUCGAUGCUGCCGCCGGCUCCGCUGCCGCCCAUGGCGCGGCCCGUGGCCAUCAUACGGUCCACAGGUAAUUGUUCGGCCCGCGAGGAUUACAUGGCGUUAUCCUCCCUCCCAGCGAGCGAGCUAAGUUCCCCGCCGUCACCGGAGCGCUCCCCGCCGACCUCCCCCCGUCGGCGCUCACCGCACUACCGCUCCGACUGCCCGCCGAUAUCGCACUACAACCACUUCUCACAGCCCCAGCAGGUACAUAGAGGGAAUUAAGUUCCCCGCCGUCACCGGAGCGCUCCCCGCCGACCUCCCCCCGUCGGCGCUCACCGCACUACCGCUCCGACUGCCCGCCGAUAUCGCACUACAACCACUUCUCACAGCCCCAGCAGGUACAUAGAGGGAAUUAAGUUCCCCGCCGUCACCGGAGCGCUCCCCGCCGACCUCCCCCCGUCGGCGCUCACCGCACUACCGCUCCGACUGCCCGCCGAUAUCGCACAACAACCACUUCUCACAGCCCCAGCAGGUACAUAGAGGGAAUUAAGUUCCCCGCCGUCACCGGAGCGCUCCCCACCGACCACCUGUCGCCGUUAGCCGCACAACCGCGCUGACUUCCCGCCAGUAUUGCGCUACAACCACUUUUCUUAGCCCGAGCAGGUACAGGGAACUAAUAUCCCCGCUGUCCCCGGAGCGCUCCCCGCCAACCCCCCCGCCGCCACUUGCCGCACAACCGUACCGACUGCUCGCCGAUAUCGCACAACAACCACUUUUCUCAGCCUCAGCCGGGACAUACAGGGAAUUAAUGUCUCCGCCGUCCCUAGAACACUCCCCGUCAAUACUCCGCCGCCGCUCGCCGCACUACCGCGCCGACUGCCCGCCGAUAUCGCACUACAACCACAGAUGAUGAUAAGGUUGAUUAUAAGAGAGAUUAAGAAUUUACCAUUGCUCGAGAGGUAAUCUAAAUAUCUUUAUUCUUAUAUCAUCAUAUCAA